AUGAUACCAAAAUUAUUAGUCAUCAGUUUCACACUCAUAAUACACUCAACAUGUGAACCAGACCGCAGAGUGAUAACAACGUUAAAAUAUUCAAAAUUUUACGUAAAACCAACAAUUGUGAAUGGAGAAGUAGCAUCGAGAGGACGAAUUCCAUACUUAGUAUCCAUUAAAGAACCAUUACGGAAAAUCGGAGAAGGAAGGAUAGUUUGGAAAAACCUUUGUGGAGGUAGCAUUAUAAGCGAAAUCAAAGUUCUAACUGCGGCCCAUUGCUUCGAGGGUAACAAUUUCUACUACGCCAAAAACCCUCACGUCCUACGCGUAGUGGCCGGCAGCCUACGCAAUGUCCUUACUCAUUCCGGUGACACAGAAACAAAUGUUAUCAGUCAAUGGAGGAAAUUACGAAAGGUUGUAUUGCACAAUCAAUUCCAUUUCCCGAGACACGAUAUAGCCCUUAUAUUCGUUAGUGAAAAGUGGAGAUUUAUGCCUAAUGUUGAUUACGUCAGAACAGCCGUGAGAAGCAUAGAUUAUCCACGGUCAUGUGUAUCCGCAGGUUUUGGUAGAACAGGUUAUAGCAAACGAGACAAUAUUUCGCCGGUAUUACUCGUGGCACAGAUAAACACGAUACCGAAAUCACAGUGCACAAUGAUCUGGGAAAUGAACAUGAAUUCCUUUAUUUGUUCAAAUUCAGCUCUGACGGACGUAUCGAGAGGCGAUUCUGGGGGGCCUUUAGCUUGUAAAGGCACAUUGGAUCCUGUUGAAAGACCAGAUAGAGAUUUAUUGGUUGGUGUGGUCAGCGGCAAGAAUUUUGAUCGGACUACGCUGUACACUAGAAUUUCUGAAUAUCACGACUGGAUCGAAAGGAACACGGGCUCGAAAUUAUUUAACGGAUUCAUGUAUUUGUUGUUCAAUACAAUAAUGUUUUUAAUAUAUCCGUUGUUUCUUUAA